UCCGCGAGUUCCGUGUGUGUUGCGGAAAAUACCCUUUUUGGGCGUCCGACCACAUGUGUGAAUUGUGAACAAAAUAUGGUUCUUUUGUGAUUUUCAGGCUUAAAAAGUCAUAUUUAAAGUGGUUCAUAUACGGAAUCGAUCGAUACUGUGUUCUGCGAGCGUUAAGUGUCAUAAAAAAAGUUGGAACAAAUCGACGGAAGUGAAUUUUUCGAUGUAAAUACGGUCGAUCCAGGGUCAGUCUGGUGUGCAAUUUGAACUGUGUCCAUAUUUUGUGUUACUACAUUAUUGACGAGUUUCACAACAUUAACGUCUCAUAAUCGACCUUCGAAUAUUCGGGAAAUUUCUACUUUCGUGGGUCCGACCCGCAACAUGCCGUCGUGUUGAGGGCAUGGCGGCGCGCUCGUGAUCGUAGGUCGGCGCGGAGCGCGCGCCCGGUCUUAUAUAACUAUAGUAGAAGCGGCAUGGCCGCGAGAGUAUCGCUCGAGGGCGCCGGGCCCUCGUACGCGUCGGUGCUGAACUUCAGAGGGGGCGACAGCAACAAGGAGAACAUCGAGGCCACGGAGGAGGCGGCGGAGGCGCCCCCCAGGCCUGAGGAGGAGGAGGAGGAGGGCUUCGUGCCCGUUAUCUCGCACGCGCGCAGACCUCCCAAAAGUCGACGGGAGCGGGAGCGCCGAGCCCCUCCUCGGCCCCACAAAGCCGCGCAGCCGGCGACGGAACCCCCCGCCGUCCAGCCGGAGCAGCAGCAACCGCAGCAGCCCCAGCAGCAGCCGCAAGAGACCGAGACGCAGCCCAAGAAGUUUGUGGAGGCUCCCAUUCCGAAGGUCAACCCUUGGCAGGUCCGAGGCGGAAGCACCGGCGUGCCUCCCCCCGCGCCCCCCGCGCUGGAGGAGAAGCGGUCGCCGCUGCAGCCGCAGCAGCAGGGCAGGGUGCAGCCACCACCACCUGAACCCGUUGCUCCCGUUGCCCCCGUGGUCGCUAAACCAGCGAUUGUGAAACCGCCCAAAAAUGUCAAGGUGAAUGCAAAGGCGUCCGAUUUCACGGAUAUCGGCGACUGGCCGACGCUGGGCGCGGCGGUGGCCGGCGCUCGCUGUCACUCCACGCCGCCGCCCCACGACGACGUCGCACACCAUAAUGGCAACGCUGAGCACGAGCGCAAACCUCUGGAGGAGCAGCGCGUUGAGCGGGUGGAGGCAGCUCACAAUCAGCACGAUCGUCCCCUGCACAACGACAAGGGCAAGCCUGCAGGUGCAGGCAAAGGCGGCACCAAGUCGGGCAAGCACAAGUGGGUGCCCCUGGACAUCGACGUGAAGGCUGCCAGGCCCAGCAAGCACGGCCAGCAGCAUGGAGCCCGGCUUGACCACGACACGGUAUCUCUGAACGGCGAGGACAGUCGCGGUCGCGGCGCUGGGCGGGGCCGGGGCGCGGCUCGAGCGCGCGGCGCACGACGCUCCGCCCCCCGACCCGUGCAUGCACACCCGCACGCCCUCUUCCACCAUCCGGACUACCAACACCAUGAUAUGCCACAGCUCCGCGUUCAGCCGGCUCUGCCCCAGGGUCUGGUGCUGCACUACGGCGCGCUCGGCCUGGCCCCGCCCCUCGCGCCCGUCGCCCAGGCCUUUUACUACGGCAACACCAACAACACGCAGUACGGCAUGGGCCUGGACCAGGCCACGCUGAAGGACCUGAUUAAGAAGCAGAUCGAGUACUACUUCAGCCCGGACAACCUGGCGCGCGACUUCUUCCUGCGCCGCAAGAUGUCCGCCGACGGGACGAUCCCGGUGACGCUGAUAGCGUCCUUCCACCGCGUGCGCGCGCUCACCUCCGACGUGCAGCUCGUGCUCGACGCCAUCCGCGACUCCGACCGCCUGCAGCUCAUUAACGGCUUCAAGGUCCGAACAGCGUUCGAGCCGACGAAGUGGCCGAUAUUGGACAUAGUAGGCGGCCACUCGGACGACGGGCACGACAAGUACGACGACAAACACGACGAGCACGCGCCCGACAGGAUAGAGGCGCCCAGUAUAGACGAGACGACGAAACGGAACGAGACUAAAGAAGUUGCUCCCGAAUCAGAAGUCAAACCUGAAGUCAAAGAAGAGGUUAAACCAGAGGCCAAGCCGGAGGUCAAACCAGAGGUGAAAGCAGAGGUGAAAGCGGAAGUCAAGGAAGAGGUUAAGCCGGAAGUCAAACAAGAGGCUAAACCGUCCGAAGAGAAACCAGCAGUGACCGAGAGGGAGCCAGAGAAAGAGAUUAAAGAAGCAGAGAAGAGCGAUAAAGAGGACAGCAAAGAAGAGACCCAGAAUACCAACGAUGACCCUCCGCUCCAAUCCGAAACUACCGAUAAGCCAAACGAAAAACGUCGCAAGAAGCAGAUGGUGGGUAUAUUCCCGCUGGCGACGAUGGGCGGUCCGCUGGUCGCGCCCGUCUCCAGCCUGCUCAGAGCGGUGCCGCCGCCGCCGCUGCCGAGAAUGUUCCGCACUGGGCGCGGCGGUGUGUCGCCGCUGCUGGGCGCGCCGCACGACCACCUCAACCCCGACGUGCCAGAGUUCGUGCCGCAGGCCCGGAGACAAGAGGAGCCAAGCGCCGACCAAGCCAAUGUUCAGGAAAACGAACAAGCAGGAAGCCCAAAAUCUGAGAAAAGCGAUUCUGAUGUUUGGACAGAGGUGAAGCGCCGCACGAAAGCCGGUUCCCGCGAGCGUGCGCCCUCGUCGUCUGCUGGGGGCGUGGUCGGGGAGCGGGAGGAGGAGGCGCGCGAGGAGCUGCACUUCCAACUGGACGAGGAGCUCGACCUGCCGCCGCCGAGACAGAACACCUUCACCGACGCCUGGUCUGACGAUGAAGAAUCCGACUUCGAGCUGUCGGACCGCGACAUCGGGCGGCUGCUGAUUGUCACGCAGACGGUCGCGCGCCAGCCCAAACACGACGGACACGACCGCCAGGGCGACUGGUCCACACGGACCAAGAUCACGCAGGAUUUGGAGCAGGUGAUCACGGAUGGUCUGAGGCGCUAUGAGGAAGAUUUAUGGAAUGAGUUCUCUUCUGGUGCUGCUGGUGGUGGUGGGGGCGGGAGCUCGUCGUACCGCACGGUGUCGGUGAUCAGCCGCGAGCAGUUCGAGGCGGCCGCGCCCGCCGAACGACACCGCAACCCGCAGGAGCCGCCGCCGCCGCCGCCCGCGCCGCGACGCCCGCAGGAACAGAGUCAAGACGGCGCGCAUCGGCCGCGACGCACCGCGCGCUUCUACGCCGCCAGCAAGGACCCGCACGCCACUGAUGUCAUCAGCAGCCGCAAGCACAAGACGCGGCACAGCCUCAACCCGCCGGUGGAGCACCAUAUCGGUUGGGUCAUGGACGUGCGCGAACACCGACGUCCACACCGCGACAGCACCGGGUCGUCGCUCGGCACGUCGCCGACGCUGGGCUCAUCGUGCGGCUCCGUGGGCCAGGCGCUGCCGGCGUUCCACCACCCCAGCCACGGCCUGCUCCGCGAGAACCACUUCACGCAGCAGGCAUACCACAAGUACCACUCGAGGUGUCUUAAAGAGCGCAAGAAGCUGGGCAUCGGUCAGUCGCAGGAGAUGAACACGCUGUUCCGCUUCUGGUCGUUCUUCCUCCGGGACCACUUCAACAGGAACAUGUACAACGAGUUCAGGACCCUGGCGAACGAGGACGCGGCGGCCGGUUUCCGGUACGGUCUGGAGUGCCUUUUCCGCUUCUACUCGUACGGCCUCGAGCGCAAGUUCCGCCCCGAGCUCUACCAGCACUUCCAGGCCGAGACGCUCGCUGAUUAUGAGAAAGGAGGUCAGCUGUACGGGCUGGAGAAGUUCUGGGCGUUCAUGACGUACUACAAGCACGCCGGCGAGCUGCAGGUGGAGCCGCGGCUGAAGGCGCACCUCGACAAGUUCAAGACCAUCGAGGACUUCCGCGUGCUAGAGCCACAAUUGAACGAGCUGCUGGCGUCGCAGGGUCCGGCGGGCCCGGGUCGCGGGCCGCACGCGCGUCCAUACGACCGACACCGCUCCGUGUCCGAGAGUGACCGCCCGCACCCCUACAGGAAUAACUUCAGCCGGCCGCAGAACCCGAGCAACAACCAGAACAACAACCGCGGUCGAGCCGGCUCCUGCGGCUCGCAGAGCGUCGUCGCCAACUGCCGACCGCGCUCGGCCAAACCGAAGAUAAAACCAGACAACGCGUCAACCGAAAUCAAAUCUCAAGUCGCAGCUAAAACGCAGUGAACAACAAACCGUUACAGACAGAGCCGUGUGCAUGUGUUACUUAUUUAGAAAUAUGCAUUUUUAUAUAUAAAUAAAAAGUUAAAAAAUUUUAAAAUAUUAAAAAAAAUAAUAUUAUAUUAUAAAUAAUAGUGCUGGAAUUGUGCAGUGGUGUUAGUGUUUUUUGUGUUUAAAUAUUCGUCGGGCUCGGGCCCCGGUGUAUCCACGCGAGUUGCGGCCGGUCCAAACCGGUCGUGGCUAGUUCAGACCGGUUGUGGCUGGUUCAGACCGGUUGUGGCUGGUUCAGACCGGUUGUGGCUGGUUCAGAAGCUGGUUGCGGCCGACGUGGACCGGCUCGGGCUGGUUUUUUUCGGUUUAUGGAGCGGUGUCUGGGAUUACAGGCUGGUUUAAUAUGGAGCCUAGCUUGUGCGCAUCGACAAUAAGCAAUGCUACGCAGUAUAGUCGACAAGUUAUAUCCUGAUUAUGUCUAGAUUUAGGAGUAACGCCCACUAUAUCCAACUAUAUUUAUAUAUAUUUUUGACAUUGUAACAUAAAAUUCGAAGUGACUCGUUCGAUCGUAUUGCGACGAUUUCUUAGCCGAUAGUUAUUCUAAUAUAUAAAAAAAUAAUAAGUAGCAAAUAUAAGUUUCAGUAGGUGGAGCUUCGUUAGUUUAAGUUUGGAGCGGUGGCGAGCGUGGUGCUGCUUUGUCUAUAGUCCUCGCGAGGUUCAUUUCGAUUGCACAGCCCGGUCUAGGCAUAGAUUACUAGUGGCAAAAUUGUACAGUUGUUACUUGAUAUUAGAGGUUUCGAGUUCAAACCUUGAGCCGCGUCCACGCUCGUACGCCGACGAGCGUGCACGCGGCUCGAACACGUCGAAAAGACUGCAAAUGCACUAGUUGAAAAAUUGUAUAUGAUGAAAAAAUGUAGUUCUCUUUCACGUGAACGGUGUAUGAUGUUUUGUAUUUAAUAGGAGAUGAAUAUAAGUGUUACCACAUACGAAAUUUUAUCGGGAUUCGAUUUGAAAGCUUUAUGAAAUUUGGAGUGCCACAGGGUUCUAACAUGGGGCCUUUCUUUCUUUUGUUAUAUAACAAUGGUGAAUGGGUGUUUGAGUAAAGAUUAUUUUAUUUUGUAGCAGUUUUGUAUGUGGUAAUAUAACUUGUGUUCCAUAUACAUACUGCCACUUAUUAUAUUUAAAAAAGCACACAACAAUCUACUAUAAAAGGAACAACAGCAGCGAUUAUAUAGAUAUAUGCAGAUCGAAACUACAUUAUACAAAUGUCGUUUAGACGUGUAAUUUUACGUUACAAGCUCAAUAUACACAAUUGAUUUUGAUAUGUUUCUAAGAAUGAAAUAGCAAAUCUUUUUCUUCAUCGAGCACAAGAAUGGAAUCUGCAUUAUAUCUAUAUAAUUAAUCCACUUUUGAAUUUAAAUUAAUUUUAGUAAUGUUCAAUCAGGCAUUUGAGGGAUUCGGUUGAAAUAAUAUUUUACCAGGCGGUCACAUUUAGUUAUAGUUGGUUAAAACUUGUUACGAUACUUAGGAUAGCAAAAAUUUUUAAAUUUAAUUUUGUUGCUAGAACUUAUGUAGUAAAUAUAGGUACUAUAUAACUAAGUGUACUGUGAGAGUUCUGACUUUCACUAUAAUAUCACUUGGACAUAAGCUAGAUUAGGGUAGAGACAAGUAAGUGUAAUUACAACGAUGUGUGACACAGUCAAAAGCAAUACUCGAGUCGAAAUUGAUGUUGCUGAUUACUUUUAUUUUAAUAACAUGUUUAAUGCUUAGAUUGGUGAACUAGGCUUGAAAUUGUUAGUCGGGGUGACUAUGCCUAAAUGUGACCAGUAGGUUGAUUCUACUAAAUAAUCUUACAAUAGUACAGUAUUAAUGCUAAAGCUAAAAAAUUGUAUUCUGAUGAAAAAAAGUCAAAACCAUUAAAAACGACAUGAGAAUACGAUUUUGAUGUUUGAUAUGAUCCAGACUGGGUCGGAACUGUAUUAAUGUUAGAUUAUAAGAGUGGGAUCGGGGUACAUGUCGAUGCUCAAUCUAAGGUGUGACGCGGAAUCUAUUAUCCAAAUGGGUUGUAUUUUGUUUUGACUCAACUCACGCUAGAUUAAAAAAAUUAAACGAUUGUAAAU